UCUUGCAGGUGGCUCGUAUCCAGUGGCCUUUUUCCUCUGUCAUGCAUCCACACAAGUGCAUCUCUGCAGAAAAUUGGGAAGUGGGAGAAAAAGAACAGAAUUGUUUACCCUCCACAGCUGCCUGGAGAACCUCGCAGACCAGCUGAAAUAUAUCACUGUCGGAGGGACAUAAAAUAUAGCAAUGAGAAGAUGUGGUAUCUGGCAAAACUGAUAAAAGGAAUGUCCAUUGAUCAGGCUCUUGCUCAGCUGGAAUUUAAUGAUAAAAAGGGAGCAAAGGUGAUCAGAGAGGUUCUGUUAGAAGCACAGGAAAUGGCAGUAAGAAAUCACAACGUGGAAUUCAAGUCAAAUUUAUAUAUAGCUCACUCACUGUCGGGCAGAGGCCGCUAUGUGAAGCGGAUUCGUUACCAUGGCAAAGGCAUGUUUGGCAUCAUGAACAUCGGCAGGUGCCAUUACUUUGUGAAGUUGGUGGAAGGUCCUCCUCCUCCUCCAGAGCCACCAAGGACUGGUUUUGACCAAGCAAAAGAAUAUGUGCAGCAGCUGCGAAAUAGAACCAUUAUUCAUACACUGUGACAGACUUUUGUGACUGUAUAGGUAUUUCUUGUUUGACAAUGUAAUUCUAUAAAGGAAUAAUUAAUGUUUUAGUUA